UCUAGUGGAAUGGGAUCAAGCCUAAAAACAAAGAGGCAUUUGCUUAAGCAAGAGUAUUGGUCCAGGGGAGUAUAUAAGCGGUUCGCCACUAUAACGAAAAACGCUGUCUUGAGGAGUACGGGGUUACGGUCACAUAUGACCCCCGUCUGCCCCGGGAUUGGAUCCCGCUAAGGGAGGAGUUUGGGAGAAGGGUGGGGCUGCGCCGGGCGCAGGCCUGCGGUGGCGCUUUGGAGGGGCUCUGAGAGGGUAUCGGAAAACGGAGUGGGGCCGGGCGGCGGGAUUCGGCGCGGCAAUACGGGGAAUAGCUCGGCAGGGGAGUGACCUGUCGGGGGAAGAGACGCGCCGGAUAAAAUAUAGUGGGUCUGAAAGGGGGUGGAGUGCUGUUAGGAGAGGAAUUCUGGAAGGAAUGAAGAGGGGCUCCCGAGGGAGGUAGUUUGGAAGACCAUUUCAAGGUGGGACACUGCUGUGGGAGAGGCACUACCCGGGGACGUGUUUAAGGGUGUAGGGCCAGGUACCGGACUUAAGACCAGAAGCAGGGAUGAGAAAGAUGUGAUGAGGAAAGAUCGGGCCCGUUAUGGAAAGUUUGCUUUUAGAGGAAUCGGGGAGUGGGACACGCUACUCUGUGGAGUACUAACUGCCGAGAGAUGUAAUUAAGGAAUCUGUUCUGGGGAGGGGCAUUCCUAUGGAGGGGGAGGGAGGAAUACUGAGGUGGCGCUACCAUGGAGACGAAGUAAUGAGGGAUUGACAACAAGCUAGAAAACACUAAGAGUGACUGAACCGUGGGAUGCAGUUAUGCGGAAGGGUGGGAUCGGCUCUGUUACAUGAAGGAGCAUCAAUAGGGGGGCACUGUCCCCUUAGGAAUACAGAAGAGGGACUCUGCCCCCUCUGCACGUUGAUAGGGCGAGAGGGAGCUGUACCUGGGGUAAGGAGAGGCAGCCCCCAACCCAGGUCCCAGAGCCGCAAUGGAGCCGAAAAAGUCUAAGACAAACUUGGCGCAGAGUCAAAGGGACUACAAAACGGAUAAUCUCGAAAUGGGGGAAGAGCCUCCGCAAAUGUUGGAAAUUGAAAGUCAGGGCACUGGCCCAGCCCAGUCAGCCGAGGACGUGACCACAACGACGACGGGCUCCUUCUCCUCGAACGAGCUGUGGUGGAGCAUCUUGCCUUACUCCCGGGCCCGCCGACUCUGGCUCGUGUUGCGCUCCGGCUUGUACCGUUUAGUGGAAAAGAUGAAGCGCGCCGAGUUGCGGGUGAUGCACUUGACCCACGGCUUGGAGUCCCUGCGGCGCUUGGAGAUUCCCGCAGGGCUGCUGGCGGUGGCGCUAGACGCGGAAAGCACGCGCCUGGUGCUCCUGGAUAAGUCAGGCCAACUGCACCUGCACGCAGAAGAUGGCUGGGCCCGUGGCCACGCCCAGGUGCCGAUAGAACUGACAGGACUGGUGGCCCUCGUGGGUUUUCAGCACAUGGGCCAGCGUCCAGGCCGCUUUAUAGGUUGGGGCCCCGAAGGAAUAGUGGUGCUGAGCAAAGACCUGGAACUGAUGUCCCGCAACUUCUUGGAGCCGUCCCAGCUACCCACAUGCUGUGGUUUGAUGCCUGGAAAAGCGAUGGUGGUCAUUGGUGAGCAGGGAGGUGGACUGUCCUUGUGGGAAUUUCGAGGUGGUGGCCGACGACUGGUGUUGGCAGCUACGCUCCCGACUCUCUCAAAACGAGGACGAUCUUUCAGCCGCCUGGCUGUAGACGUGGCCCCCCGGGGGGUCUUCCCCCGUUGCUUCGCCGUCUGUGGGACUGACUUGCUCACCUACGACCUGGCUAACCGCAAGAUCGUGGAUGUGCGCCGGAAGCUGCACAAAACCCUGAUCUCGGACUUGCUGUACUGUGAGAUUCUAGAUGUGGUGGUGACGGCCUCCCGAGACAGCACAGUGAAGGUGUGGGAUCCCGACUGGCAGAUCCGCAGCGUCUUCGUGGGCCACAGAGGUCCCGUGACAGCGUUGGCCUUGUUGCCCAACUCGAUGCUGGUGCUGUCGGCGUCCCAGGACAUGACUCUGCGCACCUGGAACUUGGAGACGGCGCAGCAAAUGGGCGAGGUGUCCCUCCGCAGCCCUUGGGACGGGAUACCCGGGAAGGAAGAGAUCAUCUCGUACCCCUCCCCUAGCAACUGCUUCGAGACGGUGUGCCGCCUGUGGCCUCCGGUGCGGCCGGGGGCGCCCCUGCUGGCCCAGGGCGCCACCUACCUGGAGCUGUGGAUCGUGCGCCAGCUGCACCAGCCCCUGGCGACGCUCAACGCCGGCGUGCAGGGCCUGGAGCUGGCGCCGCCGCUGCCGCAGGCCGACCGGCACCUGCUGCCGCAGCGCGUGGUGAGCCGCUGCGCCGACGGCACGGUGCGCGUCUUCUCGGCCGUCUCCGGGCAGAUGAUCUCCACGCUGCUGCUGGAGCCCGGGGAGCUGGCGGCCGCCACGGCCUACUGCCUGCCGCGCGAGGUGCUGCUGGUGCUGAGCGCCGAGGGCGCCCUGCUGCGCGCCAACGCCACGCGCUGCCCCAUGCUGGUGGUGCGGCGCCUGCCGCCGCCGCCGCCGCCGCGGGCGGCGCCCCAGCCCUGCUGCCUGCACCUGGUCAGCCACGUGGUGGACCAGCCCCGCGCCUACAACUGCUGGGAAGGCGUGCACAGCCGCGGCGGCGAGCUCCGCAGGAAGAGCUGGCACGGCACCAAGUGGGAAGACAACAACAGGUUCCUGCCGGUGCUGGGCUACACUGACGGCUCCAUCGCGGUCCUGGACUGGGGCUCGCUCCGGACGCUGUCUCACAUAAAGGCGCACAGCCCGGGCUCCACGACCAACAUCGCUUCGUGUCAGCAGAACCUGGUGACGGCCGGCACGGAUAAGACUGUGAAGAUGUGGCAGGUAUUUCCCUACGCGGAAGACAGCCUGACCUUGCUGCGGACAUUUUUCUGCUACCAGUCGACGGUGGCGGUUUGCCCCCUGGGCUGUCGGGUCACCGUGGCCUUUGAGGACCCCUGCAGUGCCACUUACACCCUGGUGCAGUACGGAACGGCGGAAUGCGAGGAGGAUCGCCACGACCAUGGCCCCCAGGAGGACCCCACAGACCACAUCACAGGCUUGUGCUGUUGCCCUUACUUGAAGCUUUACGCCUCCUCAAGUCUGGAUUGCACUUUAAGAAUCUGGACGGAGGACAAUAAAUUGCUCAGGAUAAUGCAUCUGAACAUGCCUCCACAGGCCAUCACCUUCUGCAAUGACAUGGGGGAUCUGAUCCUUGCCCUUGGCUCACAGCUGUGCUUGCUCUCCCACAAACUCUACCUGCCCACAAUAUAUCUGGUCAAGGUGCUGUGUCGGAAACUGCCUCACCCUAAAGAGGACCAACCCUUGUCGAUGUCAGAUCUGGAGCUGCUGACUCCCGAAGAGUUGAAAAGGCUGAAUGGAUGGCAGGCUCUCCCUAGAGUCCGGAUGAAGCACAGUGUAAAGCAGGAGUAUAUCGAUGCAGAGAAGAAAGAACUGGAGAUCAAGGAGGCCUGUGCCAAAUUGGCCCUCAGGGAUCAGGAGCUUCAGGACCUGGCCUUGGGACAGGUGGAGCCCUUGGCCCAAAUCCUCAUCACUCCCCAGCUUCGUCUGGAGGCCUUCCACAACUACCUACAGGUCAUCUACGGCUCUCGGCUGGAUAGUGUGAGCAAAGAGGAAGAUGAGGCACUACAAGAAGAAGCUUUAGGCUCCACGGACAGACGGCCUUUGACCUCGAUAGUGUCCCAGAGCUCCUUAUGUCAGAAGUGGGGAAUGAGCUUAGACGUCAUGUUCAUGCAAGGAGCCACCUCUACGAAGAGUUCCACAGUGGAGAAGAUUCUGAAGAUGUCUCAAAUCCCAUUGAGCCAAAGGACUCUGCAGCCCUGUUCAGAUUUCAGUGGCUUCUUCCCCUCCUCCAGAACUCUGCCUGGACUCCCUUCCACCAUAAGCAAGUACAUCUCUCCAUUGGUCCAAUUUCCGGGUUAUAUCCCCAACUCAGUGGCAAUACAGCAACUAUGGCAAAAGUCAGAUUUGAAAGGGGUCGGGGAAGUUACACACCUGAAGACAGAGAGCUUUGAAAUCUUGGAGAAUGAAAUGGACUUAAUGUGGCUUCCAUGGGGCACAAAUAAGAAGAAAGAGAAAGUCUGGAUGAAUAAAGCCUUGGGCUUGGUGCCCACUAAGGAAAAUGAGCAAAUAUCUGUACCUGUAAGCCAUGAACAAGAGGAACACUUUGAGACUGCUCUGCCUAAAAGGAUUUUUCACAUAGAUUGGUUGGAAGAGACGUCGAUGCAUCAAGGUUUUAUGGUUCUGAACUUGCGUCUCCUAUUAUUAGAGUUCUUGAGCAACCAGGCUCAGGCUGCUCCCAAGACAUGGGACCCUGCCUCAACCUAUGCUCCCUCUGAGGUCUCUCAUGAAGUCCCCAAAAUUGUCAUCGCUUUAUUGAAGGAAGACUGGUUCCAGAAAUACUUUCCUGACUUCAACUUCAAGACAUACCCAGAAUUCUUCACAGUGGAAGGUAUAGCCACAAUGCUCAUGAAGGUCCUGGAGCAAGCCAACUGGGAAGACGGCACCCAGGUCAUGCUGCUGCUCAUGGAGAUGGUACCAUGGCUGGGAAUAGAAUUCCGAAAGAAGCUACAUCGGUUGCUGUUGAAACUUCUCAACAAAGACCCUCCCCCAAACCUUGUGGAUAAGGUAGAGAAGAAAUUUGUGAUGACGGCCCUGCAGAUGCUCCUGGUCGGCGUUCUGGGAUCCCGGGACCUGGUCCUGGAACUCAUGUCCUACUUCCUCUACUCACCCCCUCGCUGCAGACCCGCGCUAAAGAGGCUGUUGGAAGAUUUGGGCCUGAAGGACCCCCAUAAUUUCCUGUUUAAGGAAAUGGUGACCUGGGCAGAAGGGAAAGAUUUAACCAGCAAGGCGGCCUUGAGAGGGCGUUGUGGACAGAAGCUGGAACUUAUGAUUAAGAACCUUCGGAACUACCUGAAAAAGAACUUCCUAGGAGUUACUUGGCAGGAGAGGAUUCCUAUCCGUACCCAGAAGCCUCCAAGUCAGGAAAGCCUCUCUGCGCUCCUGUCUACAAUCGUGCCUGAAGCUCCCUCUGGAAAGCGGAAGUCCAUUUACGCAAUGAGAGCCUCCAAGCCUUCCCUCAAGGUUUCCCCCAGGCCUUCCGAAGCAGAGCUUUCCAGCAAGAUUUCCUUUGAGCAUCCCCCCAAGCAUUCCCCCAAGCAUUCCACUGAGGUUUCCCCUAAGCAUUCCCCUAGGCUUUCCCCUGAGCCUGACCGUAAGCCUUCCUUGGAGGUUUCCCCCAAGAUUUCUCCCAAGGCUCCCUCCAGGCUUACUCCCAUGCCUUCCCAAAAGGUUUCCCCCAAGUUUUCCCCCAAGUUUCCCUACAGGCUUUUCCCCAAGCCUCCCUCCCAGGUUUCUUCCAAGCCUUCCCCCCAACCUUCCCCCGAACCUUCCCCCGAACCUUUCUCUGAACCUUCCCUGGAACCUUCUCCCAAGCCUUUGCCCCAGGUUUCCGAGCUUUCUCCCAAGUCUUCCCUUGAGGCUUCUCUCAAGUCUUUGCUCCAGCCUUCUCUCAAGCCUUCCCUGAAGUUUUCUUCCAGGCCUUCCACCAGGCUUUUGGGUUUUCGCGCCGGUCUAUCCCCCUUCCUCUCUCCUCAUUUCUUGGGCAGUCCCAGCGAGGCUUUCCCCGGCUCGGUUUUCGCCAGCUCUGGCAUCCCGACACCCCCAGAUUCUAGGGCUAUCUCCCCGGCUUCCUUCAGAUUCAUUUCUAUUAGCCAGCCCCCGAUCCUGCAAAGGGCGGUGUCGGAACUCCAGUGGCCGCAAACCUUUGAGGGGAAGCUGGUCGCCCGCCACUCGGCUCCUGCCUCCCUCAUGCCGGGAUGGCUGCCGUUUGCCGAAUACAAAUACCCGUUCCUGGACACCGCCAUCUCCCGGGCUCCGCUCCCCGAGGAGGAGUUUGAGAUCGAAAUCACCCCGAUCCAUCCUUUCAGCUUCUUCCGUGAGCAGCGGCUCCUGGCGCAGAAGGAAAGGCUGAAGAUGCGGGCAGCCAUGCGCCACGUCAAGCCCAACACCAUUGUCAUGCAGCCUCGGGACGUCCUGCUCCCUGGCUACGGGACCACUAGAGGCCGAAAGAUCCUCCGGCUCCAGGAGCGCGGAGACCCCCAGGCACUGCUAACUCCGCUGGUCGAGGCGAAAAAUUACCAGAAGAUCCGCCGGCGCACGGGCACCAUUUCUCGUUCGCUGAAGCUCCCUCUGCCGCGAGUGGAACCGAUUCCCUUCCCCCCAACCUGGCCCCCUGCGUCCCGCCCGCUGCCCCCCUUGAUCCUGGAGGACUCCUUGCAGCGCUAUUUCCUACCCAAACUCACCCGACCGGAGAAUUAUCGAUGAGCCCCAUCCGGGCUUCUGACUGCCCCCCCCCCCGCCCCUCCCCCAAC